AACGACUUUUAAAAGGUAAAUUUACCAACGAAUGUUCAGAAGAUUCACCGGCAUAGUAUCUUCUCAAGUCUUACUUCCAUCGAAAUUACAGGUAUCAACUCCGCGUUUCAUCCAUUACAUUUCAAAUAAAACAGACCGUCGUGACUUCAUGUUGAAAUCUAAAUUUGGUCCUCCAAUAAAUCGGUCUAUGACCGAAUUAGAUCGCUCUUUCUUCAAGAAAGAGGUACUGCUUCUUGUAGCAUACUUCCCAGAACCUCGUUAUCUUGGAAACUUUGUGAAAUCAUGUAAAAGGGAUAUUUUAAACCUUCCUUCAAUCAAACAUAUUGUCAACAUAUCAGCUGAUAAAAAGGGUGUCUUACUUAGAGAAGACAUUGAAACAUUGCAAGAAUCAGAAGAAAAAUUAACCCAAUUGGCCAAGGAUAAAAUUAAAGAGUUUGGUGCUAUUAUACAACCAUACACUUUGGAAUUAGACUAUUCCUUUUGGAAGGCUGAUGAUAUCUUGAGAGCUGUUUUACCUCAAGAACUUGAAAGUGAUAUCCCUACUGGAUUUGCUCAAGCUGGUCAUGUUGCUCAUUUAAACUUGAGGGACGAGUUCAAACCAUAUGGUAGUCUUAUUGGCCAAGUAUUGAUCGAUAAAAAUGGUAAAGUUGAAACCGUUGUUGAUAAAGUUGACUCUAUCGAUACAAAGUUUAGAACAUUCAAAAUGAAUGUAUUAGCCGGAAGAAAUGAUUUGGAAGUAGAACAAAGUGAAAGUGGAUGUCGUUUCAAAUUUGAUUUCAGUAAGGUUUAUUGGAAUUCAAGAUUGAAUACUGAACAUGAACGUUUAAUCCAUCAAUUCCAACCUAAGGAAGUGGUUGCAGAUGUAUUUGCUGGAGUCGGGCCAUUUGCAGUCCCUGCUGGUAAGAAGUCUGUUCUUGUUCUUGCCAAUGACUUGAACCCAGAGCUGUACAAGUACCUUAAAAGUAAUAUCACAUUGAACAAAGUGGAUGACUUUGUGAAACCAUUCCAUUUGGAUGGUAGAGAAUUCAUUAGAGACUCUCCAAAACUUUUGCUCAAUUGGGCUGAAACUUCUAAAACUGUUGAAAAGAAGAAAUUAGUUAAGCGGAGAAAAGUGGAAGGUGCAACCACAUCUUCAUCCACUUAUGAAAUAACCAAGGUUGAUAUUCCAAAAUAUUUGACUAAUUACGUAAUGAAUUUACCUGAUUCAGCCUUGACAUUCCUUGACGAGUUCAUUGGUUUGUACAGUAGAGACCCAGAAGUGGAAAGGGUAGUGAGGUCCUUAUCAGACUUUAAACUCCCAACCAUCAAUGUCCAUUGCUUUGAAAAAUACGCUUCCGAUGAGAGCCCAGAACCUGCAAUGGAAGAACUUCACAAAAGAGUACAUGCCAGAAUAGUCAAAUUAAUCGACUUUGAAAUCCCAUUUGAAUCAUGCAAAUUCCACUUGGUUAGAAAAGUAGCUCCAACUAAACCAAUGUUCUGUGUAACAUUCGAGUUGCCAGAAGAGGUUGCAUUUAAGAAAACAUAUAGUACAUAGAAUCACAAAUUAGAGAUAUUGCCACAAAUACAAGAAAUAUUUAAUUUGAA